AUUAUUUAACACCAAAAACUCAAAAAAACGUAGGAGUAUUUAACAACGACUCUAUUAUUUUUCUUCCUUUCUUCAAUUCUCAUUUUCUCUCUCCAAAAUUCAACGUUCAAUACAUCGCCAGUAACUUCAUCAGCCAACAAUGGGAGCUUUAGAAUCUGAAACAGGGGAGGAGAGAGAAAAAAACAGAGAAGAACAGAGGAGAAGAACAGAGGAAGAAGAAACAGAGGAUUUAGAAGACAAUAAAGAUUUGGAGAAAGGAGAAAAAAUAUUUGAUACAAAAAACCCACAUAAAAAUUAUCAUGCUUCAAUGUUAAGAACAUUAAAUCCUACUAAUCCUUUAAGAAUUGUAAUUAAUGGAAAUACUAGAGUUCCAUUAACAACACCACCACCACCUCCUCAACAUCAUGCUCAUUAUCCUCCUCCUGCUCCUCAUCAUGUUUCAUCUCACCCGCCGCCUCGGCCGUCAUCACAACCACCUCCUCCACUAUCUCAACCUCGAUAUAUUCCUACAAUUAAACCAACUCCUCAACCAACAAUAACUUCACUGAAUUCAAGAGGCUACACCAAUAAAAUCUCUCUAAUUUUGUUUGUUCUUCAAACAAUUGCAGCAAUUGGAUUGGUGGGUUUUUUAAUAUACAAGGCAAUUGAGGGAUUUAUUCAAGAUGGAAAGUAUAGGAGAAAAGCAAAAAGUAUACUAAAGUUUUAUCUACCUCAAGUUGAAGCUGCAUCAUUUUUGAGCAUAGUAUUAGCAUUUUGUUGGCAAAAAUCUGUUAGAGUUUGGCCUAGAUUUAUGUUUCAUUUCAUAUUAUGGAGUAGUUUUUUCAUGUCAUUAGCAGCUGGAAUUCUACUAAUUUGCUUCCAAAAGCCUUCAACUGAUGCUUGUGGAGCUGCCCUUGUUGCAUUUGCAAUUGGAAAUGGAUUAUAUUCAUGUUGGGUAACUCAAAGAACUCGUUUCUGCACCAAAAUCUUGAUCAAAUCACUCGAACCGGUAUCGAAAUUUCCUGAUCUAAAUCAUCCUACAUACUAUAUGCUUAUUGCCGGAUUCUUGUGGAUGUCUCUAUGGAUUUUGGCUGUUAUUGGAGCAUUACAUUUCUAUUUUCCACCAUUGGUUAUUAUUGCACUAGUUUUGAGCUUAGCUUGGACUACUGAGGUGAUGAGAAAUGUGGCUAAUUUAACUGUAAGCAGAGUUAUUGCUUUGUAUUACUUAAGAGGAAUGCAAUCUAGUACUUAUUUUUGCUUCCAAAGAGCACUUACUAGGAACCUUGGAAGUGCUUGUCUUGGUUCUUUAUUCGUUCCUACAAUUGAAGCCUUGAGAAUCAUCUCACGAGGGUUAAAUUUAGUCGAAGGAGAAGACGAGUUCAUGUUCUCUUGUGCUCAUUGUUGCUUGAACAUCAUGAACUCUAUCUUUAGAUAUGGCAAUGGUUGGGCUUAUGUGCAGAUUGCUGCAUAUGGGAAAAACUUUACAAAGGCAUCAAUAGAUACUUGGGCAAUCUUUGAGAAGCAAGAAAUGGAAGAAAUAGUUGAUUCCGAUAUUACGUCGGCGGUUUGCUUCCUCACCGGCGUAUGUAGUGGCUCUAUUUGCGUGAUAAUGGUGGCGGCGUGGACGAACCAUGUACAUCAAGGCUACACAGCCACCCUUUCCCUCCUGGCCUUCUAUGUUGGAUACCUUAUGACAAGGAUUGCAAUGGCUUUGCCUCAUGCUUGUGUGAGCUGUUACUUUGUAUGCUAUGCUGAGAAUCCUGAAAACAGGCUGUUUGAUAAGACAAUAUCUGAUCGAUUGAACUUAAUUAAAUCUGGUCGAGAUGUGGCUGCUCCUACACCAAGAGUUCCUCACCGAUUUAACAGAUCAGUAAGAUCAUAGGUGAACUUUUUCAUAUUUCAACAUCUUCUAAUGUACAUUAUUAGGGUUAAUAGUCUUUUUAGAUCCAUAUUUACUAAUUACUAUCAUGAAACAUGUGGGUACAUUCAUAGUUUAAUGUAGUUAGGUAACUUGACUAAUCUUUUUUCCCUGACCCCAGCACUUGUAUUUUUUAUAGGGAUUCUUUUGUACAUAUAAGAAUUCUUUUUGGGUCUUGAUCAAAUCAUAUUUAUGUGAAAUGUUUCAUGGGGAACAACCAUUAUUGUAGAAUUAAUUCAAUUAAAUAUAUGUGUAAGGUUACAUGUA